AUGAGGAACUGUGGUGGUGAACCUGCAUAUUGCAGAUACCAGAGGAGGCAGGCUCUAUUGAGCACCAUCUCUGGCUGGAAGCCUUCUGUUAGCUCAGUCAAAGAGGCUCGGAUUCUACUGGUAGGUCCUGUAGGGGCUGGAAAAUCGAGUUUCUUCAACUCCAUCAACUCUGCAUUCAAGGGUUACGUGAGCAGCCAGGCUAACACUGGCACUGCUGGCACCAGUUUGACUACUCAGUUUCGUCCCUACUACAUAAAGCCAAGCAGCAGUGUUACCCAUGUUCCCUUCAUUUUGUGUGACACAAUGGGUCUGGAGGAUGGUGUGAACACUGGUCUGGAUGUAGAUUUUGCCACAAUUUUGAAGGGUCACAUUCAAGACAAGUAUCAGUUUAACCCACUGAUGCCUAUACAGCCAGACUCCCCUCAUUUCCAUAAGUCUCCUGGCUUGAAGGACAAGAUUCACUGUGUGGUGUUUGUGAUUGACAUCAGCAGAGUCAAGCUUCUCUCUGACAAAAUGAUUGAGAAGUUUGUGGUUUUUCGAAAGAAAGCCAACCAGCUAAGUAUUCCUCAGCUGGUUCUGCUGACUAAGGUGGAUGAGGCCUGCCCCUUAGUGGCAGAAGACCUGAAAAAUGUCUACCAGAGCCACUAUAUCAACAAAAUGAUGCAGGAGGUUAGCUUUCAGCUUGGAGUUUCUCUUUCUGUUGUGGUCCCAGUGAAAAACUACUACCAAGAACUGGAAAUAGACCCUCAAACAGACAUUCUGCUUCUAAACGCUGUUGUUCAGAUGCUCAGAGCUGCUGAGGGCUAUUUUGAUGAUUUUUACAAUCCAGAAGAGAGGUCUGAGUAA